UUUAAUAUAAACUUUAUUUUUUGUUUCUUCUAAUAGCCACAGUAAUUUUAUUGUACACUUACAGUAGGGGUACGGAUUUGUUUUCCGCGUUUCCACUUAACUGAUUGCAACGAUCAGUUUUAUUAGACUUGCUGCACUUGCAAUAACUCUUUUAGUUUAUAGUGUUGUGUGUCUUGUAUCUGUAUUCUGUACUUCAAGUUUUACGGUGUAGAUUUAGAAAGUGGAAGAGCUUGAUUCCUUGAUUGCUAUUAUCUGUGAGUUUUGUACUUUUGUGUAAUUGAUGCAUUAAGAAUCGAUUAAGAUUCCUUCUAUCGCAAUGGGUUCCAAAAUUGACGACUCCCAGUUGAUGGGUAUGGUUGCCGAAUUAUUCCCAGCUUUGGAUCGUCAAAAGCAUAAAGGAGAGGCCGGACGAGUUGGAGUUAUCGGUGGUUCCGAAGUGUAUACUGGAGCGCCCUUCUUCUCUGCGAUCACAACUAUGAGAGUGGGCUGUGAUCAGACGCAUGUUUUCUGCGCGAAGGACGCCGCUAUUCCCAUAAAGAGCUACAGUCCCGAUUUAAUAGUGCAUCCAACGCUGGAUGGAAAAAACGCUGAAAAGGAUGUUUCUGAAUUAUAUGAACGAUUAAAUGUCUUAAUUGUUGGACCGGGAUUGGGACGGACCGAUUCAACUAUGCAGAUAACCGAACGCUUAAUUGGAAAAGCCAAAGAAAAGGAGCUUCCCAUUGUUGUCGACGCUGAUGGAUUGUGGUUAAUCAAUCAGAAGCCAGAUGUUAUAAAAGGUUAUUCGAAAGCGAUUCUGACUCCUAACGUUAUGGAAGCGAAGCGACUAUGGAAAGCAAUGGAAUUUCCGGAAGAUUCUUGGACGCCCAACGGCGAAAAUGUGAAAAAAUUGUCACAGGCCAUGGGAAAUGUGGCCAUCGUUGUCAAAGGAUCUACGGACACAAUUAGCGAUGGCAUUAAUAGUCUGGAAUCUGGCGCUGAGUUCGGUUUAAAACGUUGUGGUGGACAAGGCGACAUAAUGACGGGAGCACUUGGCACCUUUUUGAUUUGGGCGAACCAGGCCAAAAAGGAUGGGAAGAAUCAGUUAAUCCAGGCUUUGGGACCACUGUGUUGCGCGGCUUAUGCCGCGAGUAUUCUGACGCGACGCUGCUCCAAGCUGGCUUUCGAAGAUUUGGGAAGAUCAAUGAUAGCUUCAGACAUGCUGGCAAAAAUUCCUGCAGUUGUCAAAGAACUUCAGAACUGCAAGAAAUAGUUGACGAGUGGAACAAUGUUCAUGUGAUCCUGCGUUUUGUGUAGAGUUCACACUUUUUUGUCGGCUCAUUUGUGUUUGUGUUAAACCGAUUUUGCACAUACAGAUUUGCUAACUUUGUUUUGAUUUGUUAGUGUUGUGAAUUCAUGGCUGUGGCGGUUUUCAGCUUGUCCUUAAGGUGAUCGCUUAACAUUAACAGUGAAGGUGGGUUGCCGUUCACUGUUUGUUCGUCUUCACUAGCCUUGCGCUUUUAUUGAAUUUGCAGUCAUGUAGUUGAUUAUAAUGAGAUGCAACAGC